AUGGUACAAAACAUUGAUGAGUAUGAUCCUGAUGAUGAGUUCCGACGUGAACUGCCACAGCAUCUUAUCACUGAUGAAAUCCUCACAAGACUUCCAGUCAAGUCUUUGCUCCGGUUUAAGUCUGUUUCUAAAUUGUGGUAUGCCACAAUUUCGAGCUGUGAGUUUUCGUGGUCACACCUUGAACGCUAUAUGAUGACAGGCGGUUAUGUCUCGGCGCAGUGUAUUCUUGCCAGCUUUUAUCCGAAUGACGAGAAUCUUGCUCGGUUCUUAGAGAGCUAUGGAGUUCAGGAGGAUGAGAGGGGUGAUCGAGUUUAUAUUUUUGGUUCGGUUGAUGCUUUAGACGAGGAAUCUGAUACUGUUCGAGCUAUGUACUUCCAUAUGGUGGGUUCUAGCAACGGUUUGGCGUGCUUUGCUGAUCGUGAUUAUAGCUGUUUUAGGAUUUGGAAUCCUUGUACCGAUGAAUGUCAUACCGUGGAGGAUAGCCCGCUUACAGGUUACGAUCGUGCAGAAAUGCAAAUUUGCACUGGAUUUGGGUAUGUAUGGUCUGAAGAUAACUACAAGAUUGUAGUUGCUGCUCUUCGUAAGCAUUCUGAUGACUUGAUUUUUGUUUAUUCACUUCGGGCCAACGAAUGGAAACAGAAAUCGUGUUCACUCAGUGAAUUGGGUGGAUAUAAACUAUCUGCGUAUGGAAUUGAAGGAAGAGGGGUUCUGGUUAAUGAGAAAUUGCACUGGGUAGAAGAAACCACUGAGCACGCACCUUCUGAAGAUGUGUUCAUCGUCGUUUUUGGUUUGGAUGAUGAGGAAUUCGAAACGGUGUUAGGGCCGUCAGAUUUAUUGCAAUUGACUUAUGUAACUUGGAAAUUUCAAUUAUGUGAAAUAGAUGGGUUUUUGGGCAUACAUUCAACUAUUAUGCCAGAUUGGGUUUGGAUUCUCGUGGAUUCUGAAUGGGUUGAUUAUUCUGUGCCCAUUGAAGACUUACUUCAGAAUUCUUGGUUACUAAUCAUCUUCGGUUUUAUCAGAGACGGAAGUUUUGAUUGGAUGUAUUACAAAUUCGACAUGGAAAUUUAUCAGGAUGCUAUGUUUUACGUUGAGACUCUUGAGUCACCCUUAUCAAUCCUGAGAAAAGAAUGCAGAUGA